AUGAAAAGAGAAUGGGGACUAUGGGCUAAACUAAAAGGAAAAGAGACCGGUCUUGGUUGGGAUCCUAUUAAGAAAACCAUACAAGCAAGUGAUGAUUGGUGGGAUGCUAAGAUUCAGGAAAAUUCUGAUGUGGCAAAAUUUAGAGAGGAAGGUCCAAAACAUCUUGAUGAAAUGGAGUUUCUUUUUGAAGAUGUUGUAGCUACUGGUGUAGGUGCAUGGGCACCUUCUGAAGAUAUAAAUGAUAGUUAUAACGAUAGAUAUAAUGACGAAGAUAAUGGUAAUGAGGAAGAAGGUUUAGAAGAUGAGUUAAAUGAUGAAUCAACGCUUCCUAGUGCAAUGAGACAAAAGAGAAGAAAGGUUGGAAAAGGGUCUAGAGCCUCUCAACUUUCAACUCAACUAGAACGUAUAAUUAAUGUGUUUGAAGAAGAAAAUGUCAACGAAAUAGCUCAUAGAAAUAACGUACCAACUGUUCUCAAACAAUUACCUGGGCUAGAACUGGGGAGUGAUAUAUUCUUUAUAGCUACAAAACUAAUGGCAAAAGGUCGAAUAGAGAGAGUUUUAUGGGGCUAG